GCAGCCAGAGCAGACGUGGGGAGGCAGCUCCCAGGCUGCCUGGGCUUUCCUCCCCCCGCCCCCCCCCCAGCCUCUCUCACCCGGACGGUGGCACCAGGAAGCAACUUGCAGCUGGAUAAUCCACCCCUGGCGUGUUGAAGGGGGGAGCCCUGGGGGGGGGGGAGGGGAAGCCCCCAUCAGGCUGGCUGUGCACAGAUUCAUCCAGAAAAUGGCACGGAGAGGAGAAAUCGCUCUGCCAGCCCCCGUGGAGCCCUGAAAUCAAGCUGGCAAGUUGCUGCAGAGGCUGGAAUGUGGAGACCAAGCCAGUAUUGUAAAGGCUUCAGCAUCACUAGCUCAGGCUGGUAGGACCAAGGGACUUCUCUGCUCCUGCCAGUGUUCAGGGCCUUCCUCCUCCUCUGAAACCACAGCUAAUCCUCCAGUUGGGGAUCAGCGAGCUGUAAAUCAAGCCCAUGCUUUGGGCCGGGAGCCAGUCUAACAAGCUCUCCCAUAGAGGCCAGGAAAUAUAUCUGAAGGUCAUUGCACGCUUCCCAUCGUGAACCACAGCUUUUGCGGGGCUCAUCCGUUAGAUAACAAGUGGGUGAGUUGUGGGAACCCUCCUAAUUCCACAAGCAUUUAAAUCCCCGCUGUCCUCCGGUCUCUGACCUGGGCUCGUCAUCCUGCGGCGGGGGCUCUGGCAGCAGCCCUUGGUGUCCAAAAUGGCUGGUGGCGUGGACGGCCCCAUCGGGAUCCCGUUCCCCGAUCACAGCAGCGACAUCCUGAGCAGCCUGAACGAGCAGAGGAACAACGGGCUGCUGUGUGACGUGGUCAUCUUGGUGGACGGUCAGGAGUUCCCCACCCACCGCUCUGUCCUGGCGGCAUGUAGCCAAUACUUCAAGAAGCUCUUCACCUCAGGGUUAGUGGUGGACCAGCAAAACGUAUACGAGAUAGACUUUGUGAGCGUGGACGCCCUGUCGGCGCUGCUCGAUUUCGCUUACACCGCGACCCUGACCGUCAGCACUUCGAACGUCAACGAGAUCCUCAACGCCGCCAAACUGCUGGAGAUCCCGGCGGUAACGGAGGUUUGCACGGAUCUCCUAGACAGGAAGAUUCUGGCCAAAAAUGACCAGAUGGAUUUAGUAGAUCAAAUUGAUCAAAGGAACCAUCUCAGAGCAAAAGAGUACCUGGAGUUCUUCCAGAGCAACCCCAUCAACGGCCACCAAGGCAACUUUCCAUGGACCAACCAAGACUUGAGAGACCUUCAGAGACUGAACUUCCAAGGGCAAGAGGACGAGGAGGAGCCGGAUUGUAACGGCAUGGACUUCUACUCACAAGCCCCCCCAAACGAAAGACCAAAGGUGAACGACGGUGACCCUGACAGCAACCAUGCCAUGUGGCUGGAAAGAGAGGAAGAGGAGGCCCCGGGAGCCUUAUUCCCAUCUUCCCAGAAUGGACAUUACAGUGGACACAGCCUGACGGCACAAGGAGAAGAGGAGGCAGCUCCAGGAGGUCACCUGGACCAGCAGGAAGCCAGCAACUCUCCCAGCUUUGUUGCUGGGGGAGCGGAGGCUGAGGAGGCUGAGGCUAGAGAGGUGGACGGUCUGGCCGCCAGUGCCCUGCUUCAGCAGAUGAUCAGUUCCGUGGGAAGGCAGCAGCUGGGUGAGGACGACCAGAAGGACGACGACGGGGUGAUGGAUUAUUACUUGAAAUACUUCAGCAGCUCUCACGAGAGCGACGUGUAUCCGUCCUGGUCCCAGAAGGUGGAGAAGAAGAUCAGGGCGAAAGCAUUCCAGAAGUGCCCCAUCUGUGACAAGGUGAUCCAAGGGGCUGGCAAGCUGCCCCGCCACAUCCGCACCCACACGGGCGAGAAACCCUAUGAAUGCAACAUCUGCAAAGUCCGAUUCACCAGGCAGGACAAGCUGAAAGUUCACAUGAGGAAGCACACAGGUGAAAAGCCUUACCUGUGCCAGCAAUGCGGGGCUGCUUUUGCUCACAACUACGACUUGAAGAACCACAUGCGUGUGCACACUGGCUUGCGGCCUUACCAGUGCGACAGCUGCUUCAAGACUUUCGUCCGAUCCGACCACUUGCACAGGCACCUUAAAAAAGAUGGGUGCAACGGCAUCCCAUCCAGAAGGGGGCGCAAGCCCCGGGUCAGAGAUGUGAGCGGCCUGCCCGCCCCCGCAGGGAACCCCGAAGACGGAAGCUUCGAAGCUGGUGGCGAGAGACAAGAAUCACAGGAGGACACCGUGCAGAAAAAUGGCCAGGAGGAGCACUUUGAAGAUAGUUCUAACAAUGAAGCAUCAGGAAGAUUGAAUGUAGCGGAGGGGUCGUCAGAGGGUAACACACAAGGACUCUCCUAAACCAAAAAAAAAAAAAAAAGUGUCACAAAAUCUAGUUAGUACUUUCCUCCGAUUUCUCCUUAAAAUAUUUCUCUCCCUUUUUAAAAGAUUAUAUAUAUAUAUAUAUGUUUCCAAUCUUCCCACCAUAACCAGUCCCGUGGGGACACCUCUAAUAGCUAAGGACCUUUCGUUGGAAGGCAGAUGCUUAGGAAGUGUGAGAUCUGGAGGGUUGAAAGGUUGGUCCAUAACAUGGAAAGAAGCUUCCAUGCAAAUCCAAAGCUUUUAUUUUGUGUCCAGACACACUUUAAAAAAUGGCAGAGAUGCAUCUAUUUAAAAAAAAACCAGAAAAAUUCCAAAAGGUGAAUAGGUUCUUCCUGGACAGUCACUACAUUUUGUGCCUCCGUCUGACUGGAUGGGAAAGAAUUGAGUGCAGCUUUCUCUCCACUGGAAAGUGAAAGCUCCUGAUGCCUGAGAUGGUCUUGUGGUGAUCGGGGAUUUGAUUCUGCCGUAGGGAGUUCAGAUCCUUUCUGGCCUGAUGCUGAGCGAAGCUGGCUGAAAUCGCCUGGUGCACAAUUUUUAUAAUGAUAAUUGGGUGGGGGGGGAACAGAUGAUAUUUUACAUAUUCAUUUUUAAAGAAUGAUUGCUCCUGCCAUGUGGGUGGGUGAACAGAAUUUUGCAAGGCUGCUCUGAGCCUCAGGUUUGAAAUGCCUAGAUGCCAGGUGAAACUGCUCCUCUCCCCAGGAGGUUUAGAUUGGCGCUUCGUUCCCGAUUGGGAGGCAGGGCUCUCGUGUUCAGUCGUGGCUCUGCCACAGAAUUGCUGGGUCAAGUCAUUCUCCCUCUCCGGGGCACAGCUUCCUCAGCUGUAAAAUGAGGUCAAUGCUGUUUUGUGUGAGGUUUGGGAAGUGCUUUGAGGUCCAGGGCGUGCGCGUUGUGAUGAAGGGGCGAACUCCUUCCUUGGCAGAUAAACUAGUCCAUUCAGGGGUUACUAUGUGAGGGUCGCUUGGACAAAAAUGGCAGCCCUCUCUGCUCUGUGCAAAGAUCUUUGGGGCACUUUUCCUGAGGAUGUUUGCAGAGCCCUCACCCAUCCAUUGGGCAGCACAUGUUUAUGCCUCACUUUUGUCCUCACCCCAGAGGUGGCUGCAUUUCCAUGAGUGCUGCGUGUAUAUAGUCUGUAAUGUGUUGUAGCAUUAAAGGCCCUGUUUUAGUAAGGUAGCCUUGUGGCUACCAAACCUCUCUCUCCCUAGCCCACUGAAAACCCUGAAUCGGGCAGGAACCUGAGCAAUCUAAUCAAAUUCCAGGCAACCUCUGACGGAAUGGGCUAGUUCUGUACUUUGAUGACUUGUUGCCUGGUCCUAUGCUUGGCAAAUUGUGCCCCAAUAGGAGAGGAGCACAGGGUAAAUUUUUGCUAGAUCAGAUUGUUGCCUCCUGAACCCGAACCUUGCCUUUCAAGAUGCAGCGAUUAGUCAGUCCUCCCUGUUGAGUCAGACUCUCUGAUACUCCCCUCCCCCAGAGCUGGAGCUCGAGCCCCCUCUGGGAUGUAGCAGGAUUUUUCUGUAUCUUUGGGCCUGCCGGGAGUUAAAGAUCAGUAACUGACAAGAGGGGGUGUUUAGUCUUUUGCCACCCUGACGUGGAAUGGACAGCGCCUGUGUGAUCGCGCUUUUAGCACUUGUUAACAGCAGCUUUCACCCCAGGAUCUCAAAGCACUUCAUUAGAUGGUUCUAUUAAGUAAAAGAAUCUCUCGGAGCAAAUCCCCCAAGAUUUUAAGAAUCAAAUGAGAGCACCCUAAAAGCAGUUAAAACUGAGCUUUUGGGGUUGCUUUUUUUUUUUUUAAAGGGUUAUUUAAGGUUUCCCUGAAAGGUGCGCGGAGUCUUUCUGGAGAUUGAAGCUGUUGGGAUGGGAAAAAAAAGCACUCUGGGGCUGCUACUCCUUUAAGGCUUUGGAGUUGGGGUUUGGAAUUUAUCUCCUCUGGGGACCUCAGGCUGGGCCAUUUAAAUGCACAGGCGUCUGGGAUGGGUAGUUCUCCAUCAGACUGGCACCAAUGUAUUUACUGUCCUGCAGAGGCAAAGCUGAAUUUAUUUAUUUGAGUAGCGGGCACUGAUAGACUGGCCCAGGGGAUGUGCACAGAGCUAACGUGGUGGGGUGGAGGAGACGGGCACCGGGGCUGACUGCACCUCAAGGCCCGGCGUCCUCUCCUUGCUGCGGUUGCUAGGAGAGCGCCCGAAGCGUCACCCGGUGCCCGGUUUCAGUCCCCAAAAGAUGCGGGCGUGACCUGUGUGUGAGAUAAUCAGAAUCGCAGGCUAAGCUGGUCCAAAACAGGCCACUGACUCCUUGACACGAAGGGGUUCAGGGCCUAAUGGUUACACCAAGGCCUCUACAACCCUCUGCUAGACCUUGAAAGUGGCUUGUAAAUUACUCCCACUGUCCUGGGGCCCAGGUGGCCUCGGGUCUUUGGUCUGGUCCACGCCCAGGGUUUUGUACCAGUAUAACUGUGUCAGGUAGGGGUGUGACUUCACUGAAGUAGUUAUGCCAGUACAAUGCCUACUGUGGAUACAGUGAUAACAGUACAAAGAGAUGAGAAGGGAAAUAAGCAAUACUGGUAUAAGCAUCUUUCUACCAGUAAACUGCAUCCACAUGAGAGGGUUUGUACCCCUUUAACUAUUCCGGGACAGGUAAAGGGGUCCAGUGCCCUCAUGUGGACACUGAAGGUUGUUGGUGGUUGGUAACCAGUCCCAGGCCUACGAUCUGAAACCUCUUACACGGGUCAGUCUCAAUCAAUCCCUAUUCCCCAGCUAGAUAGAGAGUCAAGUAUGCAGAUAUAAAGUAAAUAUUGGUGUGUAUUACCCAGCUCCUCCAGCUUAGCAGAGUCUAGAAAGGGCACCUUUCAGCCAUUCUCCUGUUUUUUAAAUGCACAGUUCAAAAUGAAAAGAGAUUCUAGUCCUUUUAUUUUGAAAGCACUUUUUAGAUUUUAUUUUAAUUUUAAAGCGAGAGCAGGUUUGGCCGAAUGUAAACUGGAGAGGGAGUGAGAGGGGAGUGUGUGAACUGGGGGGUGGGGGGGGUGUCGGGGAGAGAAAGAUGGAUGUUUAUUUAAUGCAGAAAAAGCAAUAAAAAUUUAAAAAACCAUUAUUUAAAAAAAAACCAUAAAAAAAGCAACCAAGAAGUCUUAGCACUUUGCGAUGGAACGGGUACUUCGAAAUCACUUUAUCUUAAUUUAAAAAGCAAAAGCGAAACAUGUUUACAAGUUGAAACCAACUUCUAUGGAAAAAAAUUAUUAUUAAAAAAAAAUUCCUAAAUUUAUUUUUGUAAGAAAAAAAAUGUGUAUAUAUAUAUUAAAAAAAAAAACCCACAAAACCCAAACCUAGGCAGAAUCCCACGUCUAUUUCAUGGAAUAAUGAAACAAAAAGAUAUCCAAUGAGAGGAAGGAUGCUAAUUAGGUUCUGUGACAUGACCUGAAAACAAACCCCUCAGAAGUGAUUGCACUUCACAAAACGGAAGCUUGAAUAUUAGGCAGGAAUCAUGGGUGUUUUUGUUUUUGUAUUUUUUCCUUCUAUUUUCCUUUUUUUUUUUUUAUUUGUCUGUUUGUUUCUUAAAUGUCUUAUAGCCAGUGCUAGCCCAGAUGUCUCUCCCACCUCUCCCCGUGCCCCUCCCGCCCCCAGGAGCAUCUUAGCUUGUGUAGCAAGGAGGAAAGAAAGCGUCUGAACUGCUGGGUGAUGUAGUUGAUCUGGGGGGAAAGGACUAUGGGACGGGGUCAGCCCCUGCGAUCUUCCUUGUUUCAUUUCUUCUCCGAGGGUCACUCAGCCAGGCUUGGGUAGAUGAUGAGAUACGUCUCCUGGGUAGAGUGCUCCAAGCCAAAAGCAUACUCCAUCUUCGAAGCUAAUCUAGCGGUUCCCAGCUCUGCCUCCUGCCACAGCAGUAGACGUGCUUCUAGUAUGAAGCAGGGAUUCAGGUUUGAAGUCAAUUUGUUGAGAUCUAAUUCAGGAUAGAGACUUUUGCGGCUUGAUGAUGCACGUAAACUGUCGCCCUCCCCGCUCUCUGUGAGCCCUGUGACUAUUCCAGAAUCAGAUGUUCGGAGUGGAGCGGGGGGGGAACCCACCUUACAAAUUAAAUACAGAGAAAAUAAAGUGUCAAAAAUAAUAUCCCCCAUUGCUUUUCUUUGCUAACCGAUCGGCUGGUAGCCAGAUCUUUGCCCCACGGGAGCGCCCUCCUUCUGGCGUAAUGUAAAAACCAAAAAAAAAUUUCACAGCAAGGAAUUUUUUUUUCCCAAGAAUAAAAAGGGGACAGAACCCGGCGCUCCUGAAUCAGCGUUUCCCCCAGGGUUUAAGCCCAGCCUUACUGUCUGAGCGCAGGCUUGCUCCAGGAGACGCAGAAAACCCUGUGCUGGUGCCUUUGCUUUCAGGCUGUUCCCAGUGACAGAGCGCGAGGCUGGGCUCGGAUGAGCUGUAAGAUCAGUGCCGAGGAGAUAAACUGGGGAGAAUGUGCCCUGCCCUCAAGGGGAUGGAAUUGAUGACCUAGGAGGUCUCUUCACCUUUGACUCCUGAUGCCAUGACAGUUGAGAUCCAUUUUACUGAGAUGGCUCAGUAGUCAGCUGCAUUUAGUGCUGGAAGCAGGUCUCCCAUCUGUUAAACCGCAGGGGUUGGAGGGUGUCAGUCAGCUGAAAUGUACAUCCACGCAAGGGACCAUAUCAGUCCUCACGCAGCAGCCAACUAAGGGUGAGUCUGAAAAUAUCCUGCUGCCCCAAAUCCAAUCCCAGUUUCUCCGUAGUGUUGGCAACAGCGCAGAUGCUGGGUCCUUUCUCCGCGCUGUAAAACACCUUAAUCCUGGCCCCUGCCUUCCCAUCCCAAAGAGAGCGGAGUGGAGUGUCCCAUGACCCGGGCACUAGCUGAAUGUGGCAAGCCACCUCUUCCAGGGAUGAACCUCUGCUUAGCACUGGCUACCUAUUGCAUAUGCAAAAACUAGUGUGGACUUGUAAAUAGACAGUUACUUGAGGUUCUUUAUUGUAAUCAAAAGUUGUGGUAUCUCUUUUCUCGUUUGUGUUACCCCUUCUCCCCCCCCCACCUUUUAAAGCUUGGGUUUCUCUCCAAACCUCCUUCUGCCAUUUCGGGGGGGGGGGUAGGGAAUCCCCACCAUCACCACCCCCUUCCAAAAUGGACAGCAAAAAAAAAAAAAAAGUCUCAGGAUUCUUGUUGGAGAGAGUGAGUCAGACACCUAUAUUCCUUGUAAGAAAUGAGAGCAGGCCUGGGGGUUUGACAAUCCCAGCCUGCCCUGCGCGGCCCCCCCCCCUUAAAUAUCUUGGAGAUCCCACGGUGAGCUGCUUUGGAGGUGCUCUCUGCCUCUGAGAAUGAGCAAACAGGGGUGGGGCUGUUCUUAAGGGCAAGUCCCGUCCCCUCCUCUGUGAAAUCUGAACAGCAGAGCUGGAGCCUGAAUUAAACGCCGAGAUCUUGGUUCCAACCCCAGGGCCCCCACCCAAACCAGAACAAUCCCACACUUUGGGAAAGAUCCCCUGGGGAGCUGGAGCAGAAAACUCCCUGGUCAGUCGGUUAACCAUGGGGAUCUGGCGUUCUGGUCUGUGGUUUGGGUUGGGCUCCAUCUCUGCUACAAGACGGGGGUAUCCUUCCAUCCCUGGAGAAACAGAGGGCAGCUUCCACCCGAUGUAGGAUGGCACUACAACUGCCCUCCACGGCCCCGGACCCACAUCCUGCCGGUGUCCUCUCUCCAGAGCGAACCUCCUCUCUCUGUCCCCCUGGGGCCCCUUGGCAGAGGUGGGUUUGGAGGCAAGUCAGCGAUGGCGUCUGAACAGAGAUACCGCACCUUAUUUGUGAUAUGAGAUGCUUUUACCUUUAUUAGAGAGCCGGGGAGCUGCCGCGUGAGCUUUGAUUGAUACAAGAGUGCCGGCAACACUUUAGCACAAGCCUUGAUAAGUUUGCACUAAAAACCAACCAACCGAUCUUCUCCCUUCUCCGUGUAGGGAGGCGUGGCCUCCAAGUACAUUCUGCCUUAACUUCCUCACCUGUCUUACGCUAUGUACCAACUGACGGUGGACAGACUAGUGCAUGCAAAACCUCCCCAAUCAUAUACUGUAUAUAAGCAUUGAUUCUUCUUGUUGUUAAGAUGAUUCUUCUUCUUUUGAAAUUCAGGUUGUGAUAAAGUGUUGCCAAAGAUACUGCUGAAUUAUGACGUUUCAGGAAAAAAAAAAACCCAACCCCAAACCCAUAACUCCUACGAAACAAACAGACGACACAGCGGACUUUUUUAGUACUGCCUCUCUUUGUUUUCUUGGUACAAAACGAACCAUGUAAUUUCAGUAGUGGUAUAACUGUGUGUGUGGGUAUGCGUGUCUCAGACAGUGGUUUCCCCUAGGCUGAGGGGGCUCCUGGGUUGUCCAGCCACCCAAGAUGGGGCUUUAUCCCCCUGCUGAUCAGGAGUGGGGGUUUCAUGGGGGCCGUUUGAGAGCUCCACUGCUUUUUUGGUCUAGCCGAGGAUCCUAAUUGCACAGACAUGGGUUGGACUGGGCUCCAAGCAGGACGAACGCCCUUGGAAGUCAGCCGUGGACGUGGGCUCCGAAACAGGCCUGGGGUUUUUGACACUAAAGAUGAACAUCUGUGUGGUCCCAUCACCCUCUAGCGUUGUGAGAGGAAAGCACAGAUUGUCCAAUGCAUCUGUCCCGCUACCCGCCCCCCCCGUCUAGAAGGAAACCUGCAGAGACACGCAUACUGUCCCAUGUCGCCCCGCCGUGGUGGGAACAGAGAAGCCACCUCCGCUCUAGGAAACCAUGGAUGUGGGCUGCGCCCAAGGCUGUCAGGCUCACGGAGGGAAUGCUGUUGUCAUUGUUUGAAGUUAUCUCCUCCCUCCUUUCCCUUCUCGUCCCCCUCCCUCCACCCCAUAUGAAACCAGUGAAUGUAAAACCGUGACCGUGGCAGAGGCGCGGGCAGAGCUGCCCAGCUGUGGUUGUAAAAGAUCCUGUUUGCGUCCGGGCCUAACGGCAAGAUCAGAACCGUGAGUUCCAGCGACUUCUUCAGUCAAUACCAAAGUAUACUCCACCCUCACCGCAGCGCUCUCUGGGGGGGCGGGAGGGGGAUUUCUGACGGGACCCCUUUGAUCCCUUCCCAUCUUCGAUUGGCCGCUGACCCAGCCCUCCUGGGGAACUUCCUGGGGGUGUCGAACCGGCAGGUGUCGGGUGGGCCCAGCUGCUCGUGCUGCGGUAGCCGUCUGACGUGAGCGUGGGGUGUAUUUUCCUCUCCGUUUGUUGUGCCGCAUGUGUCAGUUUCCUUUUUGUGCUUCCCCCCCCCCUUCUCCGAGCUCCUUUUAAAGAUGCUGCAUCUUCUUGCUUAAACCCUCCCCCGGUCUCCGUUGGACCCACGGGUCAGUCGAAGGCUUUGCCUGCGGAGGCGGAAAACCAGCCACGCCCAGAUAGAGCUUUGGCUGGGUGGGGGAGGCCCUCACUUCUGAAUUUUUGCGGGGGGGCGGGGAGAGGAAGGAGGCGCAGCUAAACCAUGCGGUGGGGGUGGCACAGCUGCCCCCACCCAUCGCUGUCAUGGGGGAGCAUCACACGUCCCCUCUGCCCUGGUGUGGUUGCAGCCGAGGCCGCUGCCCGUUCUUCCAGCCCAGCCCUUGAGUCGCCUCCUGCUCCCGAGCAGGGGGCUGAGGAAGGAGCCCAGACUCAUUUCUCCCAGUUCUGAAGGCAGGAAGAGGGAUGCAGCAUCUUGGAGGGCAGGAGGUUUCUUUGCACUAACGGGACCCAUUCGACUCCGUGGGAAGUUGUUCUGUUGCACGUGUGACCGUGGCUGUUCCGAGGGGAGCCCAGGCUGUUGGGGAAUGGGGAGCGGGCCAGGCUGGGGGAACCGCGUUCCUGGCGAUUUCCCUCAUUUCUAGGGGGCGGAUCUCUGCACGCACAGGGCCCCUUUUCCUUUAGCAUCUGCUGGUUAAUGCUGCGAGGGAAUUUUCUCCCUUCUACCCCCUCCCCUCCAAAGCUCACCAGCCACAGCUACUCGGAGCCUGGGGAGCCCAGCUCCAAGGAAGAGGGGGGUAGGUUGAAAACCCGGAGGGAGAGUUCAGCUGUGGGGUGCGGCGGGGGUGCAUGGAGGUUUCUGAACAGUGCAGGUAUUAAGCCAUUGAGACAGCUCCUCAAGGGAUGGGUGGAUUCUCCGUCACAUGGUCUCUUUAAAUUGAGCUUGGCUGUCUGUUUCCAGUCAGAUUACACCCUUGUGCAGCCCCCAAGCUGCCGGCUGGAAGCAGGAAUGGUUAGCCUGGGCGACCAUAACAGUCCCUUGAAAUCAACAAACCCACGUAAAUCCCUAGAUCAUCCCAGAACAUUCGGGAUGCUCAAAAUAACCCCAUCUUGAGCCCACCUGUCAGGUUAGCAAACCAAAAGCUCUGCCUGUAUCCUCAAAAUGCCGGUGGGAGGAGCGUUCAGGAGGCCUGAUUCGACUAUUUAAAAAAAAAAUCUAUAUUUAUAUUUUUGAUUUAUUAUGAAAGUUUUAUUUAAAUAAAGAGGAACACUUUUUAAAGAGCAGGUAGCAGAUUUAGCUUCCUAAUUGGGAACCUGUGGCUAGUGUUUGUACUGCCUGGGACGAGAUGCUGUAUUGAAGUUAUGUUUUCUAAAAAUAUAUGUAUACACACACACACAGAUUAAUCUUUAAUCUGAGGUGGGUAGAUUUUAAACUCUCCCAUCACCUCCCCAGAAAUCAACUGAUUUGCCACCAGGAGGGAGAAAGAGAAUAUUAAGAAUAGGGUCCCAUUUCCUGCGUCUUUAUAUAUAAACAAACAAAAAAGAUUUCUAUAUAUAAAGCACUCGCAAGUUUCAUCAGUUUUAUGUGUAAACUACUUUGUGUGGUAUCUGGGUAAUGAGCGAGGCACAGAAAAGCACAGAAAAGACAUUCCAUAGAUUGUAACUUUGGUAGUUCUUUAUAAAGUGUGGGAGACGAGAAAAAAAAUAAUAAAAAAAUGCACUUUUUGGGGGCGUUUAAAAAAAAUAAAAGAUAUAUAUUAAAAAUA